UUCCCGCGGAUUUCAACGUUACAACCACUCGUUUCCUUUCUCUUUCUCUGUCAUCGAUCCACAAUUUCAUUGCCACUGGAAAGAAGAAGAAGAAGAAGAAACCAUUGCCUCUUCUUCUUCCUUCCACACAAAAAUGUCACACAAACUCUCACUACAUUUCUAUCACACUUCUCUUCUAAAAAACCCCAACCUCAUAUCACACUCAACCCGCCACUCACCUUCCCUUCUCAAGAACACCACUAUCCCCCAUUCAACUAACCAAUCCAUUGCUACAGUGUCGAAACACCGUCGCUUCGAGUUCCUAACACCUCGCGUAGUUCAAAAUCACGAUGUCACUGAUGAAUCCGAAGAUAGAAACCAAAUCAGCGACUGCUACGAAGAGAACAAAGAUGAAGGAGAAGUGAAGGAACUGCUUGAACAGAGUAUAUGGAAUCAGAUGAAGGAAAUUGUUUUGUUUACUGGGCCUGCUAUUGGGCUUUGGUUAUGUGGCCCGUUGAUGAGUCUCAUUGAUACUGCAGUUGUUGGUCAGGGAAGUUCAAUUGAGCUUGCUGCUUUAGGUCCUGCUACUGUUUUUUGUGAUUACUUGAGCUACACGUUCAUGUUUCUGUCUAUUGCUACUUCAAAUAUGGUUGCUACUGCCCUUGCUAAACAGGAUAGGGAGGAAGUGCAGCAUCACAUAUCUGUCUUGCUUUUUAUUGGGUUAGCAUGUGGCUUUGUGAUGCUUUUGUUCACAAGGUUAUUUGGUGCAACAACACUCGCGGCUUUUACUGGACCCAAGAAUGUACAUAUAGUACCUGCAGCUAAUACCUAUGUCCAGAUUCGAGGCUUGGCUUGGCCUUCUUUACUUGUUGGAUCGGUUGCUCAAAGUGCAAGUCUUGGUAUGAAAGAUUCUUGGGGACCCUUGAAGGCAUUAGCUGCUGCCAGUAUUAUAAAUGGAAUUGGUGAUAUAAUUCUGUGCACCUACUUAGGCUAUGGGAUUGCCGGGGCUGCAUGGGCUACAUUGGCAUCACAAGUUGUUGCUGCAUAUAUGAUGAGCCAAACUCUAAACGAGAAGGGAUACAAUGCAUUUGCCUUCUCCAUUCCUUCAGGGAAGGAAUUUGUGGCAAUAUUUAGUCUUGCUGCUCCUGUAUUUAUUUCAUUGAUGUUAAAGGUGGCUUUCUACUCUCUACUUAUAUAUUUUGCUACAUCAAUGGGUACACAUACAAUGGCUGCUCAUCAAGUCAUGAUUCAGAUUUACAUGACAUGUACAAUAUGUGGUGAACCUCUAUCCCAGACUGCUCAAUCAUUUAUGCCUGAGUUAAUGUAUGGAAUAAAUAGGAGUUUGGCAAAGGCUCGGUCGCUUUUAAGGUCUCUUGUAAUUAUUGGAGCUAUACUUGGGUUGCUUUUUGGUAUUGUUGGAACAUCUAUUCCUUGGUUAUUCCCCUACAUGUUUACACCUGAUCAGAUGGUCAUCCAGGAGAUGCAUAGGUUGCUGAUUCCGUACUUUUUAGCGCUAGUGGUGACACCUGCAACUGUCAGUCUCGAGGGAACAUUGCUGGCUGGGCAGGAUCUAAAAUUUUUAAGCUUGUCAAUGAGUGGAUGCUUCUGUUUGAACGCUUUAGUAUUAUUGAUCUUAUGUAGUAGAUAUGGUUUGCAAGGAUGUUGGUUUUCCCUUGCUGGAUUUCAAUGGGCUCGGUUUUUAAUGGCCCUUCUGCGCCUUCUAUCUCCCAAUGGCAUUUUAUACUCGGAAGAUACAAGCCAGUAUAAGUUGCAAACGUUGAAGACAGCAUAGUUAUGGAGCUCCAUUUUAUUAUUAGUUCAUGAUCAUACAUUAGACAAAUAGAAGCAUGCUGUCUGUUGCUUGCAAAUCUUUUAAUUUAGUGUUACAAAAUAGGCAUUCAUUUCAAAUUAAGUGACCACUAACAUUUACAAUACAUUUAUCCAAUGUCGACACAAUUCAGUGCAGGGAAAUUACUGGUGCUUACUUGUAUCGGAAACCAAGUGGGAAAUAACUAAUAAGGGAUGUGAUGUGGGGAAAUUGAAUCCACUACCCUGAACAUAUAUUUUUGAGGAGCAUUGGCACAUUCACUUUAACACUCUUUGUUUAAUAUUCUCUCUUAUUGGAAAUAACUAAUAAGUCUCAAUA